AUGAAUCUUCCUGAAAUACUAUGCAUAUCUUCGGUGCAGUCUGCGAAUGGUAACGCAUCAUACGCAAAAAAGUUACUGAAGAAACUCAUAAAUGAAGUUGAGUUGGAGAAUGGUGAAGUAUUGGAUCAAGUGUAUGAAGAGUAUGCUCUUUACAUGUCAACUUCUAAGGAUGAUACAUUGGUGAAAGAAAGCACAAGGAUCACUAAAUUCAUUUCUUUUCUUUUCCCAGAAGGUUCAUACAAACACCCGAGUUGUCCAAGCUCGAGGAAAUUAGUUAUUCCGCUGCAGUGUUCAUUGAACAUGCUUGAAGGAGAUACAGGGUGUUCCAUCUGGCCAUCAAGUCUGUUUCUGUCAGAGUUUAUUCUGUCAUGUCCAGACUUAUUUGCCGAUAAAUCCUGUUUUGAGGUUGGUUCUGGAGUUGGUAUGGUCGGAGUUUGUCUCGCACAUGUAAAGGCCAAGAAGGUGAUACUAACAGAUGGAGAUCUUUUAACUCUGGCUAACAUGAAGCUUAAUUUAGAGAUGAAUCGCUUAAACUGUGAUGAUGAGUUGCCUAAACAACCCGGAGAAGCUCAGAGUACACGAGUUAAAUGCAUUCAUCUUCCGUGGGAAACUGCAUCGGAAAGUGAACUAAGCAAAUAUCGUCCAGAUAUUGUUAUAGGUGCAGAUGUAAUCUAUGAUCCAUCAUGUCUCCCUCAUCUACUUCGGGUUCUUGUAGCCCUUUUAAGGAAACCACUCAAAAGAGACAAUGGCUCUCUCGAGACUGAAGACAGAGAUGCAGCCCAACAAGGACGCACCCCCGUGGUGGCUUACAUUGCAUCUGUAAUCCGCAAUGCAGACACUUUCAAUGCGUUCUUGACACUUGUGGAUCAAAUGGACCUUUCCAUCACUGAUGUGACCGAAGAACUUACCCCUCACUUUGAGCUUUUACCGUAUAUGCAUUCAGAAACACGACCAGUUUUACUGGAAGUUGCGUGUAGUGAUCACAGAGCGAAGUGUCUCCGUUCGAUUUCAAAGCGAUCAUCUUUAAUGGCGGAAGCAGAGGUCAUUCACUCAUGGUCUGCUCCAAGAUCACUCAGCACCACUCUCAUGUAUUCCUUUGCCCAGAGAGAUGACAUUGAAGUGCUUGACGAGCCAUUAUACGCUGCUUUCGUCAAGGCUACGGGUGUUGAUAGGCCAUACAGAGAUGAGCUUCUCUCCAAGAUGGAGUGCGAUGGAGAAAAGGUGGUGAAAGACAUCAUUUAUGGAUCAGGAAAGAAAAAAUAUAGGUUUUGUAAGCAUAUAUCGAAGCAGCGACUUCUUGGUUUGCCAAGUGAACUAAUGAGUAAAGGAAAACACUUUCUAUUGAUACGCAAUCCCCUUAACAUACUGCCUUCGUUUGAGAAGAUACAUCUGUUAUCGUUUCAUGAAUUGGGGUUGGGAGAGUUAGUUUCGAUAUACCACCAGCAAUCAUUGAUGCAGAUGACCUUCAGCGAGAUCCUGAGGCUACAUUACGUGGUCUUUGCGAUGACUUGGAGAUCCCGUUUCAAGCCUCUAUGCUUAAAUGGGAGGCUGGUCCUAUACCAGAAGACGGACUUUGGGCUCCAUGGUGGUAAAGACUCUUCACAAGUCAACGGGUUUUUCGUCUCCGAGGAAAUACCCUCAUGUAGGGGCCCGACGUUCCCUUUGAGGCAUUAUGAUUUGCUGGAGCAAUGUUUACCGCUAUACAACAUUCUCAAGCGCCAUGUGAAGCGCACAUCAUCCCUCUUGAGCAGCACAUUGACUCCUCCCAAUCUCCCGGUUCCUGAAAAUGCUAAACUUCUUGCUUGGGUUGGUGACGAGAUUGUGCCACGUGAGAUGGGAAAGGUUUCUGUUUUUGACUCGGUCGUGCAAGGUGGUGAUUCUGUAUGGGAAGGUCUUCGAAUAUACAAAGGGAAAGUAUUCAAGCUUGAGGAACAUCUAGAUCGGUUGUUUGAUUCAGCAAAGGCCUUAGCUUUCAUCAAUGUUCCAACCAGUGAGGAGAUAAAAGAAGCCAUCUUCAGAACUCUCAUAAUUAAUGGGAUGUUUGACAAUACGCAUAUAAGACUGUCUCUAACUCGAGGCAAAAAGGUCACUUCUGGAAUGAGCCCUGCAUUUAACCGUUAUGGAUGUACUUUGAUCGUCCUUGCCGAAUGGAGGCCUCCGGUAUAUGACAACGAUGGUGGAAUUGUGCUGGUGACUGCAACAACACGCCGCAACUCACCCAACAAUUUAGAUUCCAAGAUUCAUCACAAAAACCUCCUCAAUAACAUACUCGCAAAGAUUGAAAGCAACAACGCCAACGUGGAUGAUGCAAUCAUGCUUGACAAAGAUGGCUAUGUAUCUGAAACCAAUUCUACCAACAUUUUCAUGGUGAAAAAAGGCCGAGUUCUCACUCCUCACGCAGAUUACUGUCUCCCGGGCAUUACUCGAGCUACUGUCAUGGAACUGGUGGUUGAAGAAAACUUCAUCGUAGAAGAACGAAGAAUCAGCUUGUCGGAAUUCCAUACAGCUGAUGAGGUCUGGACUACAGGAACUAUGGGAGAACUCAGCCCGGUUGUGAAAAUUGAUGGGCGUGUGAUUGGUGAAGGAAAAGUAGGAACGGUAACAAGAAGAUUGCAAAGUGCUUACAAGAAACCGACUGAUGGUUCGGGCGUGCCAAUACCUACUUACCAAGAACCCUAA